GUUUAUAAGCACAGGACGCGACUCGAGCUCGUGCAGCACUGGAGCCCGGCAGUGAUGCUGCACGUGUGCGUGCACGCGCGCGCCGGCACAGCGCGGUAGGGAGGCGGGCUUGUGAAGCGGGGAGUCGGUAUAGCUACUAUUCGAUACAACACUACAGUGCGGGAUAAGUGGAUAUCCGACUACACCGGCUGCUAUCCGACUGUGCAGUUUGACCGCACACACACACACACACACGCACACGCAUACACACAAGCGCGCGCGCACACACACAUACUCAUACACGUUUUCUGUUACCUCUUCACCCUGCUCUCCUCGCGCACGGUCACUGCAUCCUCCUCUUGCCGGUGGGCUUUUUUUCCUUCUUGCACUGCAACGAUGCAGAGCGCAGCGGCUCCUUCCCAGCAUCACUGACCGCAUCAGGUUUUCUAAAAGCGCAAGACAGGCAUCCUCAGGGCUGGGGCUGCAGGGUUUUUUUGGGAAACAGGCACAAUGGCCAAUGCCGCGACGGAUCUGGACAAUGCUGAAGCCCAGAGACAAUUAAACAACAACAACCGGCCCAGCAGCACAGGAUUCUGGGAAAGCGAAAGCACUAGUGCUAAACUGUUCGAAUGCUCACGCAUUAAAGCACUAGCAGAUGAAAGGGAUGCGGUGCAGAAGAAAACCUUCACUAAGUGGGUGAACUCUCACCUGGCUCGCGUCUCCUGCCGCAUCUCUGACCUGUAUAAUGAUCUGAGAGAUGGUUACAUGCUCACCAGGCUACUGGAAGUGCUUUCAGGAGAACUACUGCCCCGACCUACGAGAGGCAGAAUGCGAAUACACUGUCUGGAGAAUGUGGACAAAGCCUUGCAGUUCCUUAAAGAGCAGCGAGUUCAUCUGGAGAACGUUGGAUCUCACGAUAUUGUUGAUGGCAACCAUCGUCUUACGCUCGGCCUCAUCUGGACCAUUAUCCUUCGCUUCCAGAUCCAAGUGAUUAAAAUUGAGACAGAGGACAACAGGGAGACACGCUCGGCUAAAGAUGCGCUGUUACUGUGGUGCCAGAUGAAAACAGCAGGGUAUCCUGAAGUGAACAUUCACAAUUUCACCACAUGCUGGAGAGAUGGAUUGGCUUUCAAUGCCCUUAUACAUCGACACAGGCCUGAUUUGAUUGAAUUUCACAAGCUGACCAGAUCGAAUGCCACAUACAAUCUGCAGCAAGCCUUCAAUAUCGCUGAGCAGAGUCUCGGACUCACUAAACUUCUUGAUCCAGAGGAUGUGAACACUGAGAAUCCAGAUGAGAAGUCUAUUAUAACAUACGUUGUGUCCUACUACCACUACUUCUCCAAAAUGAAAGCUCUUAUAGUAGAGGGCAAAAGAAUCGGAAAGGUUUUGGAUAACGCCAUAGAAGCUGAGAAGAUUAUUCAGCGUUAUGAAGCUCUGGCCUCAGAUCUGCUGGAGUGGAUUGAAAAAACCAUUAGCAUCAUUAGCAACCAGAAGUUUGCUAACUCUCUAACAGGAGUACAACAACAGCUGCAGGCCUUCACAACCUACUGCACUAUUGAGAAGCCUAUAAAGUUCCAGGAGAAAGGGAAUCUUGAGGUGCUGCUCUUUACCAUCCAAAGCAAACUCAGAGCCAACAACCAGAAGCCAUAUGUGCCUCAUGAUGGAAAGCUCAUUUCUGACAUCAACAAGGCAUGGGAAAGGCUAGAGAAGGCAGAGCAUGAAAGGGGUGUGGCUUUAAGGAAAGAGCUGAUUCGUCAGGAGAAACUGGAGCUACUUGCUCAGCGGUUUGAUCACAAAACCACCAUGAGGCAGGCUUGGCUUAAUGAGAACCAGCGGCUUGUUUCUCAGGAUAAUUUUGGCUAUGAUCUACCAGCAGUGGAGGCGGCAAUGAAGAAGCACGAGGCUAUUGAAGCUGACAUCUCAUCAUAUGAGGAGCGCAUGGGUGCGGUGGUGGAGCUGGCCAUGGAGAUGGAGAGUGAAGGAUAUUACGAUAUCAGACGCAUUAUGGCUAGGAAAGACAACAUACUAAAACAAUGGGAUCUGCUGAAAGAGCUCGUGACGGCUCGAAAAACACGGCUAGAGAAAAACCUAGCACUGCAAAAAACCUUCCAGGACAUGGUCUACAUGAUUGACUGGAUGGAGGAAAUGCAGAUGAAACUGCUUUCUAAAGACUUUGGGAAACACCUGCUGGAGGUGGAGGACCUGCUGCAGAAACACACUCUACAGGAGGCGGACAUCACUGUACAGGCAGAUCGUGUGCAAACACUCAACGCUGCUGCGCUUAAAUUUACCACCAUUGACGGAUACCAGCCAUGCGACCCUCAGGUGAUCUGUAAUCGUGUAAAUCAUGUAAGCACUUGUCUGGAGGAACUGAAACAGCUAGCAGCUAAACGUCGCUCUGAGCUAGAGGAUUCUCGUGAGCUCUGGGUUUUCUUCCAGGAAGUAGAAGAGUGUGAGUGCUGGAUGCGUGAAAAGAUCUCAAUCCUGAAUACACAGAGCUGCGGCAAAGAUCUGAGCAGUGUCCUGAAGCUCCUGCAGAAGCACAAGAGUCUAGCUGGUGAGCUGUUAGCUCGACGUGCGCUUCUCCAGCAGACUAUGAAAAAAGGAAAGCAAAUUCUCACGCAAAAACGGUUGCACUCAGCUGGGAUAAAUGACAAGUUGAUGGAGGUGAAGGAAGAUUGGAAAAGACUGGAGGAUCAAGCCGCAAUGAGACUUGGCCACCUGCAGGAGGCUCUGGAUUUCUUUCAGUUUAGUGCUGAAAUGGAUGAUCAGCUAGCAUGGCUUCAAGAUGCCUACAGACUUGUUUCCAGUGACGAUUUUGGUCAUGAUGAGUUUUCUACGCAGUCGCUGCUCAAGAAGCAUAUCCGUGUUCGCGAGGAGGUGGACAAGCACCGGCAGAAUGUCGUAGCACUUCGCAAACAUGCGGUAGUCCUGCCGCUUCAUUAUGGAGAGCUAGAGGAAGUAAAGGAGCGGAUACAGGAAGUGGAGCGUGUGUAUAGUGAGGUGGCAGAGGUUGCGGUGAUGCGGCAGCAGUGGCUGAAUGAUGCUCUUGCUGUCUACCGCAUGUUCAGUGAAGUGAAUGCAUGUGAGCUUUGGAUUGACGAAAAGGAAAAAUGGCUGAACAAAAUGGAGGUUCCUGAGAGACUUGAGGAUGUUGAGGUGGUCGCUCACAGGUUUGAGAGCCUGGACCAGGAGAUGAACAGCUUGAUGGGAAGGAUCCUGGAUGUGAAUCUUAUUGUUCAGCAACUCUUGGACAGUGACCAUCCCAGUUCCACUGAGGUCAGAGGGUGUCAGGAUCACUUGAACAGCAGGUGGAACCAUAUGGUAGAGCUGGUUGAGCAGAAGAAAGAUCAUUUGGACUCAAUCCUUCGCAUCCAGAAUUAUUUACUUGAGUGCAGUGAGAUUAAAUCACAAAUUCAGGAAAAACGCAAAGCCAUUGAUGCUACACAAUAUUCGGGCAGUGACCUGGGCAGCGUCUUAGCGCUGCAGCGACGUUUGUCUACCAUGGAGGGAGCUCUCGCUGUUCUAGAGCCCAAACUCAUCCAUUUGCAGCAGGAAGCAGAAGACCUUGCAACCUCUCAGCCACACAAAGCAGAGGAGAUCCUUAUUCCCUUUGAGGCUGUGAGUGUGGAGUGGGACGAAUUGAAACGUACUCUUCAGGGUUGUGAGGAUUCACUGACUGUAGCUGGCCGGCUGCAGCAGUUCAUUCAGGAUCUGGAUUCCUUCUUGACAUGGAUGGUGCAGAAGCAGACAGAGGCAGCAUCUAAUGAGCUGCCUGAGUCUUUGGACGAAGCUGAGAGGCUCAUCAACCUCCACGCAGCUCUUAAUGAAGAAAUUCGCAGCUACGAGGAGGAUUUCGAGCGACUGCAGGCUGUGAGGGAGCUGUUGGACUCAGAGGACACUCUACUAGCGAAUGCUGCACUACACCAGUGGCUCCAGAAACUUAGUGCAGGCUGGAACAAACUGCUACAGAUGUGGGAGAGCAGGAGGGAUGAGCUAGUGCAGGCACACAUCUACCAUCUUUUCAUGAAAGACGUCAAGCAGGCUGAGGCCUUCCUCAACAACCAGGAGUCCUCAUUGGCCCAUGUGGAGCUCCCUACCACGGUGGAGACGGUGGAAGCAGCCAUUAAGAAACACAAAGAGUUCAGCAUGGCGAUGGAGCUCAAUCUGCAUCGGAUCAAAGCUGUGAUUGAGGCAGGAGAGAGUCUCAUCAGCCAGAACAACAUCUACUCUGAGCGCAUCCGAGAUCGGGUGGAUUUACUCAUUACCAGGGGGAAUCAGAACCGUGAAGUGGCACAGCAAUGGCUCAGAAAACUCACCGAUCAGUGGGAGCUGCAGAGAUUCAUGCAGGACUGCCAUGAGCUGGGUGACUGGGUGAUGGAGAAGAUGCUAAUGGCACGUGACUCAACCUGUGAUGACACUCAGCAACUCCAUAAGAAAUGGCUGAAGCACCAAACGUUCAUGGCUGAACUCACACAGAACAAAGAGUGGCUCGACAAAAUUCAGAAGGAAGGUGAGCGGCUGAUGGCGGAGAAACCAGAGCUGAGUUCCAUGAUUCAGCAGAAGCUCGGUGAGAUUCGUGAGUGUUGGCUGGAGCUGGAAAACCUGACGCAGGUCAAAGCGCUGCAGCUGUUUGAGAACGACCGUGCACAGCAGAUCGCUCAAAACUACUCUCGACUGAAUGAGCGUGUGCAGCAGCUGGAGAUGCAGCUAAGCCACUGCGACCACGGCCACGACCUCACCUCCGUCAACAAGCAGCUCAAAAAGCUCCAGAUGAUGGAGCGACAAAUGGAGGAGUGGUGUAAUGAAGUGUGUGAUCUGCAAAUGCAGUCCUCCUCUCUCCCCGAGGAGUAUGUGAUGACAGACGCAGUGACCGAGCGUCAGGCUGAAGUGGAGGCGAGGAUCGUACGUCUCAUCGAGCCUCUGAAGGAGAGACGAAGAAUCCUGCUUGCCUCCAAAGAGGUGCACCAAGUGCGCCGUGACCUGCAGGACGAAAUUCUGUGGGUGCAAGAGCGCCUUCCGCUAGCUACCUUACAGGAAACUGGGAGUAGUUUACAGGCCGUGCAGCAGCUCAUGAAGAAAAAUCAGAGCCUGCAAAGGGAGCUGGAGAGCCACCGGGGGCAUGUGGAAGAGGUGAUGGAGCGAGCGAGUAUGUUCUCAUCGGUGCGCACGACUGAGGCGGAGUGUGUGAGCGCAUUAAUGGAGGAUCUACACAGCCUAUGGGGGACACUGUGGGCUGAGACAGAGCGUAAACAACUGCACUUAGACUCCAUGUAUCAUGCUCAACAGUACUACAGCGACAUUACAGAGGUGGAGGCGUGGCUCAGCGAACAGGAGCUGCAUAUGAUGAAUGAGGAGAAAGGAAAGGAUGAAUCAAGUACUCUGCAGCUGCUGAAAAAACAGUUAGCUUUGGAGCAGACGAUUGAGGAUUACGCUGAAACCAUCGGGCUUUUAUCACAACAGUGCAGACAACUACUGGAGCUCGGCCAUCCUGACAGUGAACAGAUCAGUAAACGCCAAUCUCAAAUCGACCGGCUCUACGUGUCUUUGAAGGACUUGGUGGAAGAGCGGAAGUGCCGGUUGGAACAGCAGUACUGGCUCUUUCAACUCCACAGAGAGGUGGAAGAACUGGAACAGUGGAUUGCUGAGCGAGAGAUCUCAGCCAGCUCCACCGAACUCGGGCAGGACUAUGAACAUGUCACGAUCCUGCAGGAAAAGUUCACUGAGUUUGCCUCGGAGACAGGAAGUGUGGGUCAGGAGCGAGUGAUAGCUAUUAAUCAGAUGGUGGAUGAGUUGAUUGAUUAUGGCCAUGCGGACGCUGCCAUCAUUGCUGAGUGGAAGGACGGAGUGAAUGAAUCAUGGGCUGAACUGAUGGAGUUGAUGGAAACCAGAGCACAAAUGCUUGCUGCGUCACACCAGCUUCACAAAUUCUUUUCCGACUGCAGAGAGGUGAUAACACAGAUAGCUGAUAAACACCGGAGAUUACCGGAAGUGCGUGAGCACCAGGAUGGCACAGCAAACACUAGCACACUUCAGAGACUCAUGAACACAUUUGAACAGGACAUCCAGCUAUUGGUUGGGCAGGUGAGACAGUUACAGGAAAAUGCCGCUCAGCUCCGUACUGUUUACGCAGGGGAGAAGGCAGAGGCCAUCGCCAUGCAGGAAUAUGAAGUGAUGCAAGCAUGGAAGAUGCUGAUCAUGUCCUGUGAGGACUGCCGUGUACAGAUUACCACAGCAUCAGAUAAACUGCGAUUUUUCAGUGUAGUGCGUGAUCAGUUGAUGUGGAUGGACAGCAUCAUCUGUCAGAUAGGAACGGGAGAGAAACCCAGGGAUGUCUCCUCUGUCGAGGUGCUCAUGAACUACCAUCAGAGCCUGAAGAGUGAAGUGGAAGCACGAAAUAAGAGCAUGGUGCAGUGUAUCGAGAUGGGAAAGACACUGCUGGCUGCCAGAAACCCAGCAGCAGAGGAGAUUAAAGAAAAACUGGAGAAAGUUCUGGCCAAACAGAGAGAGCUGACAGAGAAAUGGGAUAAACACUGGGAGGAACUACAGCACAUGUUGGAGGUUCAUCAGUUUGCUCAGGAGGCGAUGGUCGCUGAGUCCUGGCUCUCAUCUCAGGAGGCAUUCCUGGUCAGUCAGGAACUUGGUGGCAGCGUAGAUGAAGUAGAGCAGCUCAUUCGCCGACAUGAGGCCUUCAGGAAAGCAGCGGCAUCCUGGGAAGAGAGAUUCAGCUCAUUACGCCGCCUCACUACGGUGGAGAAGGUGAAGGCAGAGCAAAGUAAGCUGCCUCCAACCCCUUUGCUGGGUCGUAAGGUUUUUCUGGACCCUCAGGAUUCAUCUCCAGCACGUAGCAGCCCUUCAUCACUUCACAAACAGACCAUUUACGAACAGGGGGACUAUUGGGGUGAGCGAAACAUGGCUCAGCCAUCUACACCAUCUGGAUCUCGGAGACUUGGCUCCACAGUCUCAAACUACACGCCAAUUGUGAGUGGAUCAGCCAUGUCCCGAAUCCAGGAGGCAAGAAACACCGGUGUCCUGGGGGUUGCUGCAGGUCUUGGAAUGCCCACAGAACAUAAAAGCACUCAGAUCAAACCAAUGCGCGACACAGUGCGCCCUCAAAUAGAUGUGAAUGUAAUGGCAGAGGUAGUGCUUCAGGAGCCAGGAUGCAGUGGAGGCAGUCGCUCUGAAUUGCAGGUGGAGCAGCAUCGUCCUCAUGUGAAGGAAUUGCGUAUAGAACGUCAGCUUUCUAACGAGCAGCUGAUUCAGGCGAGGAGAGAUGAGCUUCCACAGGAAGUAUGGAGGGAAAGGGCAGAGAGAGAGAGGAGGCUAGAGAGACAGACGUCCAGCGAACAGGAAGUAUACGAAACUCGGAGAAGAGACCGACAUCGGCUUGAGAGACAAGAAAGCAGCGAACAUGAGACGGGCAAAGAACCAUCAGAUAGACGAUCAGGAGGAGGAGAGAAACGGUCUACCUUAGCUGACAUUGUGGAACAGCUUCAAGAGAGAGAAGCUGCACAGGCUCGAGGAGAAAUUCCUCGCCUUCCAAACGGAUUUCCAGAGAAGUCGUCACGGCCGGACCGACCCCGAGCUCGAGACCGACCAAAACCACGGAGACGGCCGCGGCCCAAAGAUGGGGCACAGGGCGAAACGCGACGCUCACGAUCUGCUCCUGCCCAGAGCAGCUCGUCUGUCCCCCAGCCACCUUCCCAUCAUGCUCAGCGUGAGGGCUUCCUCUUCCGCAAAUUAGACAUAGAGAGCCAGAAGAAAAGCUCCAACAGCAGAUCUUGGGUGAAUCUGUACUGCGUACUGAGUAAAGGUGAACUGGGUUUCUUCAAGGACUCAAAGAACACAGCGUCUACAUACAAUAAUGAGCCACGUCUCAAUCUGAGCAGCUGCUCCUGCGACAUCAACCUUGGCUACAAGAAGAAGAAAAACGUCUUCACGCUUAAAACUAAAGACGGGAGCGAGUUCCUAUUCCAUGCAAAAGAUGAGGAUGAUCUGAAUGGCUGGAUCUCGAGUAUCACCACUAGUAUUAGCGAACAUGAGGAAAUCGCUAAAUGGGGGCAGUCUCAUCCAACUACCUCAUCUACAGACGAAGGCACACGGAGGGAAGGCAGCAGAGCUGAGAAAUCAGACAGGGCAGAUCGGGGCUCUGAACGCUCGGACAAGGGUGAGAAAAUGGAGAAAAAGAGCGGAAAAAAGAAAUGAAGAGGCGACUUUCUGCCAGUUUGCAUUGCGUUCCACUGGGAGUCUGAUGUGACACUAAAAUUGAAGAGAAAGAGAGAAAAUGCUGCACUCUUUCUCUUUCUCUCCGUCCUGACUUCUGCCAUCCGAGUGGAUUUACCCUGAAGGUUUGAAGCAUCUCCUGGUGUCCGUUGGAGAUUUUCAGUACCGAUGCCUGAAGAGCGGUUCUUUGAGAGGCCAAUCAAAGAUUAAUCCAAGAGAUGUUACCCUGAGCUCAUUAUAGUUAUUUCUAAUUUAUACAUCUGUUUAUGAAUGUUUUCAGUUCUCCAGGUCCAUUCUGAAAUGUCUAGUAGUGGUCAGUAAAAGCACCUGGACAUGUGUUAUAAUCUUAUAAUCACUCUGACAUACUACUGCUAGACAUUUUUAAAUAUGUUCAAAUGAGUCCUAUCAGUGUCUAUUCACAUCUAACAUACUGAUGAGAAUGGAAAUAUGCCAAAAGUUAAUUUGUUCUUUUAUAUAAAUAAUUUAUUUAAUGUUUUUUUUUAAACUUCUGGACACUUUGUACACCAUAACAGCACUGAUUGUGUGAUUAUCAAAGCAUGAAUUAUAUAUCGGCUUAAAUUUACAGACUGAGAAAAUAAAGGUAUGUAUGAAAUAAAGUAAAGACAAUAACCAUGCAGGGGACUGUAAAGCCUGAAAUCUGCCUUCCAAUACUGCUUUUAACGCCCUCGUAAACAUCACCUAAUGAGUGUGCAUUUGCACUGUGGGGGUGGCGGAAGUGUGUAGGUCACGUUUUUCCCUCUGCAGUGAGAACAAUGAAGCUGAAGUGAUUUUCUUGGAGAUUUACACACAGAGUGUUACACUCUACGCCGAGUCAUAACGGCAUUAUUGCAUUAUUAAUGUCAUUAGUGUGCUAAUGAGAUAUGGUAAAAAUUAAAAACAAUAGGGUGGUUUUCUUGGAAAUUUACACACUCUGUCUCUGUCACAUUUUGUGUAGAGUUUUAUUGGCUAGCUAACUACCCAAUAAGGCUAGCGUGCUAACUAGCUGGUUUGCUAAACAGUUACUAUAGAAAUAUUUUUAUUGAAAUCAUUUUAUUGCCGGUUUUUAUUUCUAUUUAUUUCCUUUGGUCUCCAACAUACUAAGUUAUAAAGGUUUGGUAACUGGUUAUUAACUAACCAGCUACCAUGCUAACAGCUACUUGGCUAGUAGAGUAAAGUAGCACUAUUCCUUUAGCUGUCAUGUACAGAUGGAGGAAUUGGAGGGAUAAAAAUCAAUCUAAACACAGACAAUCAAAUGUUAGAGUUUACAGUUUUUAUAGUUUACACUUACCAACAGUUCAUCCACCAUUUUGAAAAAAAUAAAAUAAAAUUAAAAAAAAAAAAAAACAAAUGAAAGUGCGUCAAAGAGUGCAGUAAUGCCCUCUGGGUAAACUGUGGCCCUGAAGUCUCCAAUGUUUUCGAUUCAAUCCCUCAUUUAAAGGUCAUCUAAGCAACAUCACUCAGCAGCCAGGGAAGGGAAAGAUGUUAUGGGCGCAUUAAAAACAGGAUUGGAACAGAGGUUUGUAUUUUUGCCUCCUUAUUUUUGAGAAUAAGCCACAGCAUUAAUAAAAUGCCCUUUUCCUGUUUCAGUGGAAUAAGGAAGUGACUGAAUUCCUUCCAAAGGUCAUUACUUCCUGUUUCAGUGUUUGCAGGGACAAAAAUGUCAUGUCUGUGUCUCCCUAAAGUCCACCGUAAUGUAUGUUCAGACUGGAACAAUAAGCCGUGUGUGUGUGUGUGUGUGUGUGUGUGUGCUUACAUCAUCCAGGUAAUGAGAACUCAGGCAUUUGAUUUUAAACCCCGUAGUCUUCCUUGUGUCACGCCCACGUGUGUGUGUUUUUUUUUUGUGUUAAAUGUGCACAUCAGUAUUUUUCUUAAACUGUUGCAGUAUUCAGGCACUGCAUGAGAAUAAAUUGUUUCUUAGUA